AAGAUUAAAGAAUCUAAUUAGAAGAUAAAAUGCUAUCAACUGUUUUAAAAUCUGUAUUUGGUUAUGAUGAUUUUAAAAGUGAUAUUCAAAAACAAGCAACCUCUACUAUUUAUAAAGGUAAACAAGAUGUAUUUGUAUGUAUGCCAACUGGAUCUGGCAAGUCACUUUGUUUUCAAUUACCAGCAUUAAUGAAAAAAGAUAAAAUUACAAUUGUUUUUUCACCAUUAUUAGCUUUAAUGAAGAAUCAAAUAGAUUUUUUAAUUAGCAAAAAAAUUAAUGCAAGUUCAUUGAACUCAAAUACAUCUUCAAAAGAAAGAAAUGCAAUAAUAAAAGAUUUGACAUCAAAUUCUCCAAAAAUCAAAUUAUUAUAUGUUACUCCUGAAAUGGGAGCACAACAACAUUUUCAAGAUAUAAUAAUAAAAUUAAAGAAAACAAAAACACUGUCUUAUUUUGUUAUUGAUGAAGCUCAUUGUUUAAGUCAAUGGGGUCAUGAUUUUAGACCUAGUUAUAGACAACUAGGAAUAUUUAAAAAAUUAUGUCCUAAUAUUCCAAUAAUCGCAUUAACAGCUACUGCUGCAAAGGAGGUAAAAGAUGAUAUACUCCAAUGCUUAAAUAUGAAAAAUCCUGCAAUAUUUUCAGUUCCUGUCUUUAGAUCCAAUCUUUAUUAUGAUGUAUGGUUUUUAGAAAUAUUAGAUAAACCUUUUGAACAUUUAAAAAAUUUUAUUAUAGAAAGUCUUGGUUCUCAAGAUAAAUCCAUUCCAAAAGUUAAAAAAGGUUGUGGCAUUAUUUAUUGUAGAAAGAAAGAAGCAACUGAAAUAAUUGCACAUAAAUUGUCUAAUUCUGGUAUACCUACUCUUGCAUAUCAUGCAGGUUUAAAAAAUCAAGAACGUAAUGAAGUUCAAAAUAAAUGGACAUCUGGUGAAGUACCUGUCAUUGCAGCAACAUGUAGCUUUGGAAUGGGUGUAGAUAAAGGAUCUGUUAGAUUUGUAGUACAUUGGACAGUUCCUCAAAAUAUAGCAGCAUAUUAUCAAGAAUCUGGUAGAGCUGGUAGGGAUGGUAAACCAGCAUUUUGUAGAAUCUAUUUUAGUAAUGAAGAAUAUGCGCCUAUUGCAUUUCUUAUUAAAGAAGAAAUUACACAGAAAAAUUCAGAACUUGUAAAAUUAAGAUGGAAAAAUUUUGAAAAAACUGUUUCUUACUGUCUUGAAGCAAAAUGUAGACAUGCCGUAUUUUCUAAAUAUUUUGGAGAUAGUCCACCACAAUGUAAGGAUAGAUGUGAUGUAUGUAAAGAUAAAGAUAUUGUUCAAACAAGAAUAUCACAAUUUGAAAUGUCUCAAAGUACAUCACGAAUAUCUAAAUCUAAUAAUAAUUUAGAUGGCUUUGCUUUACCAAAGUAUGAUAAUGAAUAUUGUGAAAAUGAAUAUGAUGAGAAAACAGUUUCAAGAGAAAAACUUUUAUCUGAAAGUAAACGAGAAGCUAAAGAAUUAAUUGAAAAACAAUUUGCUAUUCGAAGAAAUAAUAGUAAAAACAAUGAGGUAAAAAUUAAAAAACAAAAUCGUGAAGAUGCUAAAAAAUCUCAUGUACGUGCAGCUGAUAGUACUGAUAUAAAUAAGGGUUUAGCUGUACAAAUUCGAGAGCACUUUUAUAUUCAAUUAAGAUCAGCAUUACUGGAUAAUUAUGAGAAGAUAUUUCCUGAAUCUAAAGGACAGAUUCAGGAAAAUGAUAUGCAUAAUGUAGCAUAUAAUCUUGAAUAUAAAAUUUUAUGUAAUAGUAAAAUUGCAAAUAAAUAUAAAUUUGAUAUGUCUAAAUUGAUUUCUUCUGUACGGAAAUGUACCAGUACUAAUGAGCUUCAUGAAUAUUUACAUGAUUUUAAUAUAAAUAAUAAACAGAAUAUACAACCAGAAUAUUUUCAUGAGUAUAAUAAUAAAGAAGAAAGAAAUGAAACUAAUUCAGAGCAGAAUACAGAAGAUAAAAAUAUGUUAAAUCGACAAAUAGAUACGAAUAUUUCUUAUCCUACUUUUAAGACUGCUUUAGAACUUAGAAAAAAUGAAAAUAAAAUUGAUAAUACUAAGAAAUAUAUAUUUGAAGCAAAUAUUUUGCAAGAUGAUAAAGUCAAUGUAAUAGAAUCAAAACAAAAUGUUAAUAAAAGUUGUUUUCUUUUUGAUAAAAAUAAUAAUGAACAAAGUGUAAAAAAAGAUACGACUAAUAAUUUUGAAAUGUUAAGUGGUUUUACAUGCGCUCGAAAAAUGUAUGAAAAAAAUGAGAUCUUAAAAAACCAAAAUAAAAAAUUACAAAAAUCUUCAAAGGAACUUCCGAAAAAAAAUAUAAAAAAUAAAAAAGAAUCUCCCAUAAAUAAAUCAGUUUAUGAACAAAUUUUAUUACAAUCUGCAAAAUCAAAUUUUGUUACAAUAGAAAAUAAUGAAAGUAACAAUAGUAUAAAUACCAAAGAUCUUCAAAAAUAUCAAAAUAAAAAGCGAUUUAGAAAUAUAGAUUUAUUUGAAAGUAAUGUAGAUAUAGAAUUAAAUAAAAAAAUAAAGUUUGAUGAAAAAAAAGAGAUUUUAAGUAAUGAGAAACAAGAUAAUAAUACCAACGAAAUUGGUAUAAAGAAAAUUGUUCUUGAUGAAAAUAAAAGUGAUAAUGAAAAAACUGAAGAUCUUAAAAAUAAAAAAUUAUUUACAACAAUAAAAGCUUCAGAAAAAGAAGAAAUAUUAAAAACGAAGAACAUAAUAACAGAAUCUAUAGAAACAAAAACAUCUUUGAAUGGAAAACAUAAUAAAAAAAAUCAAUUAAAACAACACAAUAAAAAUAAAAAAUUACUAGUACCUGCAGAUAAAGCAACUCAAUUUAAAACUGUAGAAAUUUUAAAAUCAUAUUUGAUGAAAUAUUAUCGAUCUGAACGUAUUCCUGAUCGAACAACAUUUUCAAAAACUUGUAGAAAAAUGCAUCAUACUCUUCUUGCUCAAAAAAAUAUUUGGUAAAGUAUAAUUUAAAGAUGUUAAAUCUUUUUAUUGUUAUUUAAUUAAUUUAAAAUAAUG